CAGUGAGUAUCCGCCAUUCAUGCGAGUCGAUUCCGUUGUUCUGUGUGUUGAGCCUAGCGAAGGGAUAUGGUGACGGUGAUAUUCGUGCGCCCUGAGAAAAACAUGAGACGAGUCGAUUAGCGUUGCCACACAUAAACGUAGAUUUGCGGAUGGAGUAAUAAUGAUAUUUGGCCGUGAUCGACCCACGUAGAGAGAUAAAGUAUCGUGCACAUUGAGCAUAAAAAAAUGCUGGUCAAAUAAUACUGUGAACGACAAAUUAGUCAGCUGAUAGAGCAAGCAUAAGACAAAUAUUAUGGGGGCAUUUUUGGAUACACCGAAGACAGACAAAUACAACGAGCAUGGUGCCGGCAAUGGCUUACGGUAUGGUGUGGCCAGUAUGCAGGGCUGGCGGAUGGAGAUGGAAGAUGCACAUCGUGCGAUAACUGGUUUGGAAGGUAGCCUUUCAGACUGGAGCUACUUCGCAGUUUUUGAUGGGCAUGCUGGUGCAUUAGUGUCAGCACAUAGCUCAGAACAUUUAUUAGAAUCAAUAAUGCAAACUGAGGAAUUUAAAGCAGAGGAUGUUAUAAAAGGAAUACAUUCUGGCUUCCUGCGACUCGAUGAUCAAAUGCGGGACUUGCCAGAGAUGACAACAGAUAAAUCUGGUUCCACUGCAGUCUGUGCAUUUAUAUCUCCAAGGCACAUUUACAUCGCGAACUGCGGCGACUCGCGGGCUGUAUUAUGUCAAUCAGGAAAUCCGGUCUUUUCGACACGGGAUCACAAGCCGGUCUUACCUGCGGAGAAAGAGAGGAUUCAAAAAGCGGGUGGUAGCGUCAUGAUUCAAAGAGUGAAUGGAUCAUUGGCAGUUUCCCGAGCCUUGGGCGAUUACGAGUACAAAAACGUGGAAGGUCGUGGUCCCUGCGAACAGCUGGUAUCCCCAGAGCCGGAAAUCUUUGUGCGUGAUCGAGAUGAUGAGCAUGAUGAAUUUUUGGUUUUGGCGUGCGAUGGAAUAUGGGAUGUGAUGAACAACAAAGAUCUCUGUGAUUUUAUACACUCAAGGCUUUUGCUCACUGAUGAUUUAGAAGCAGUUACCAACCAAGUCAUAGAUACCUGUCUUUACAAGGGCAGCAGAGACAAUAUGAGCAUAGUGUUGGUCACUUUCCCAGGAGCCCCAAAGCCGAGUCCAGAAGCACAGAAGAUGGAAGCUGAAUUAGAAAUGGCCAUCGAAAGGAGGAUCAAAGAAAUAGUAGCGCAGCAGGAGGGCACAAACGGCUUUGACUUUCUGCAGCUGCUCCAGCUCCUUAUGGCUCAAGAGUUGCCGAACUUGCCCCCGGGCGGUGGUCUUCCUGCCAAGCAACCAUUCAUCGCACAGGUGUUUCGAGAAGUUUGUCCCAGCAGAGCGGAUAGUACUUAAUUUUCCAGCGUUCUGCACCUACUACUUACAAACUGAAACUAAACAGCAAGACUGUUUCAGACUCUUGAAGCUUCGAAGUGGCAAGAACAUUACUUAAUUUCUAUACCUGAGAAUUGUGAGGUCUUAACUAUCCUUAACGACGUAUGAAAUUUGCUUGUUAUUCAUUAUCCGAUCACGAUCACUUAUCUGUCCCAAGAUGGAGAGAUAUUUGAAACUUUAGAAAUAAUAUUGCCAAAACUUCACGAUCCGAUACGUUUUAUGAAUAUCUUUCAUGUAAAUACAGCCGUUGUCACUGACGUUUAAGUCAGAAAUGAAAUGAGUUAAGAUCUUACGAUCCCCAUGUACAACUAUAGCGGUUGAAAUCCUAGUAAUAAUUUGAAUUCAGCAUAAUGUCACGAAUAUUUUGUAUACGUUACUAUUUACUUAUGAAGAUACUUACACGAUGCUAUUUACCUAUGUUGUUGUAUAUAAUAUACACAAUUAAAAUCGUAUUUCAUCGGAACGCGUUUGUCUUUUGUGUUAAGCAAAUAUGUCUGGUCCUUGACGAGUUAAAGAAACAUAAUAAUGAUUUAGUGAUAUUUAUUAUUCGUAUUAGAUCGUUCGCUCGUGUUCUUUGUGCAAGAUACGUUGCAACAACUUUUCAUAUUUUUUUUCUCUCAAAAUAUAAUGACAUUGACAACGUCCAAUUUUUCUUAUGCAACUAGAACCUUGUAUGAUAAAUUAUUUUUUACGUACAUAAUGUACUUGUCUCGUGUAUUAUUUUAAUCACCUGUUUACACAUUUAUCAGGACUACUAAUUUGCAACCUCCAUCAGACAUGAUAAAUGAAAUCUUCGUCAAAGGCCAAACACAGCCUUUUCACUUGUGCUCCAAAUACACCAUUUGAAUUCGUUUUGCAACAAUGCAUGAAACUUAACGAAAAACAAUCUCUCAGAGAUUGGAUGAUUUCUGCAUAAAAUUGGGAUUACGAUGAGAAGAGCCACAAUUUUGAAUGGUCGUCUGUGCUUUCUUUGGGAACAGCUCUCGAAAUGGUUCUACUGUCUCCGUUAAACCGCCGAAUUACUAUUGAAGAAACUAGAUGAGGAGUGCUUUAGCGUAGUUCUGUUUAGUAAAAGGUGAAAGAGAGAGAGAAAGAAUAAGUGAAACAACUGAUGUAAUAUUUUAUUGUGCCAACUUUUACACGACUUUUCACUUUAAUACUCAAGCGCUGUUAAUAUAUCCUGUACACAGACUUUAAGUUGCAUUGACUUUUUAUAUUGAUGCUUUUAAUAGCUUCCAAUGACGAUUAAAGUUUUUACUGCCGCUUGGCGUGGUUUAUGAAUAUUUUUUCUCCAUAGAUCAGUAGUUUAACGUAGAUUAACACAAUAUAUGGCUUAUAGUACAAUAAUCAGCUAAUAAUUGUUGCAUAGUCCUAAGAAAGAAGACUACGCUGUAAUCUUGCAAGGUGAUAUCGUCUUAAAAAUGUGAUUGUAAAUUAAUUAGAACAGGAGACUAACAAUAGAUGCACAGCUCGAAAAUACAAUAACUUGGCAAAAAUUGAUGGACGCCACAUUGCUUUUUGUAACGCUAACGAAUAACCGGAUGAUAUGAUUUAUAAACGUCAGAUAAUGGACUGUAUAUAUCAUAAAUAAAAUACAUGCUUUACAGUACAUAAUCUGUGGUGGAUUUUUGUUAAAAUUUCCGGGAAUCUUGCGCAUUCCUGAUGAAUUUAUCGAAUAUCGUCCAGAAUCAAUUCAAUACUUGUGUGAUUGUGGCAAUUUACAUAAUGUGUAAAAAAGAAUAAAUAAUAGCAGUAUCAUUUCCCUGUGGUAUAAAUUGUUCAAAAUCGUCAAAUAAUUCGUAAAACGCGUGAAUAAAAUUAUUUCACAAAUAAACGUAUGUGAAGUGUCUGUAAAGAUUCUGCAUUAGUUAUUGAUUUUUACAAAAUUUCUUACAGGAUGUCAUUAUAUAGAUUUCAUUUCCCAUUAGCAAAGUAUGCAUUACUUAUAAGCUACCCUCUCUGCUUCUAAUUGUUAAUAUAAUGUUUGAAAGUUUAUACUAUACAGAGGUUCCCUUUACCGGAAGUGUUCCCGAAAAUCUGGUUUACAAAUAGAGAAAAAAAAAA